CUCAAGCGCCUCGUGGCCGCUCACGGCGUGAAGAACUGGGCGCAGAUCGCGACGGAGCUCCACAUGCGCAACGGCAAGCAGUGCCGCGAGCGAUGGCGCAACCACCUGAGGCCGGAGCUCAACAAGGGCGACUGGACGCAGGAUGAGGAUGUUACGAUCUGGAGCCGCGUGCAGCAGCUCGGCACCAAGUGGGCGCAGAUCUCGGAGCUGUACAUGCCGCUGCGGACCGACAACGACAUCAAGAACCGGUGGAACUCGAUCAUCCGCAAG